GUGUUUGCCUUUUGUCCUCUACAUCCGAGUCUGAGUACAGGAAUUGCACUGCCCCUAAAAGGAAUAUUGCUGGUUUUGCCUAAGUACGGAUUUACUGGUCUAGACAACAUUCAUCAACUAUGUUUUCUCUGCGAUCUGUCAUUCUCUGUGCCACACUGCUACUCACCAUAGCUUGCAACUUCACAGUGCACUGCUCAGAAUUAAACAGCACCCAAGCUGACAGUAAUGUAACCUUCUCUGGGGACCAUGGAUCUGACGGUACAGGAAGUGCUGUGGAAGUUAAUUGGGAAGAAGAGGAAGGUGAAGAACAUGAAGAUGAUUUCUCCAUCUUGGGAUUUAUAACAGACGAUUCUAUUCGUGCUGAACCAGUCAUAAAGCCAGAGAAUCCCCCCAAAAAAGGAGAGAAGAAGAACUCAGAAAAGAAGAAGAAGAAGGAAAGAGGGGAUAAGAAAAAGAAGAAGAAGAAGAAUCCCUGCCAGACCACCCAUAAAGAUUAUUGCAUUCAUGGUGAAUGUAAAUACUUAACCAGCUUGCAAGAAGUGACCUGCAUAUGUCAGCCAGAAUACUUUGGUGAAAGGUGCAGUGAACAGUCCAUGAAGUCACAGACAAAGGGAAACUUAAGCGACACGUCAACAAUAGCACUAGCAGUUGUAGCAGUCCUGUUGUCAACGAUCAGCAUUACUGCCAUCAUUAUUAUCAUUGUUGUACAUACAAGAAGGAAAUACGCUUCCUAUCAGUGUGAAGUGGAAGAAAAAAAGAGAUUAGGUCAAGAAAAUGGAAGUGAAGAAAUUGAUGUGUGAAGUAAAGCAAAAAGAUGUUUUCUGGGAAUAUCACUGCCAAACCUCAGUCAGGUGGAACUGCUAAAAGAAAACCUGAACAAUGAAAAUAUAAAAAGAAGUUGUUAUAUAUAUUUUUUAUAUGUAAAAUGUAUUUAUUUUUUAUUUAAAUAUUUAAUGUUAUUAUUGAAUUAAAUUUUUUUAUAUAAA